AAACAACAAUAGCAAUGAGUGCAGCAAAGUAGUACACACUCACACACACAACAACAACUACAUUCACACAUACAUCUACACCCAAGUGCAUACAGACAUACAGAGAUACAGACUUUGUAAUCGAAAACGUUGGGUUCAUCGGCGGUGCAACGAAGACAGUCUUGUGCUGCAUCCCAUUGAAAGAAGAAGAAGAAGCUCUGUGUCAAAAACAAAAAUUUUAUUUGUGAAGUGAUUUUCGAAUAUUCCCCGUUAUUGCAACAGCUCACUUGUGCGUGUCGAAAUCUUAAGAGUGUUAAUCCCCAAAGCGUUUUCGGAAUUUCACGCUCGUUUUGCGCUUGUAUUUCGCGUUGCACUAUACAGACAUACGAGUGCGUGUGUUUGCGCAUUCGUGCGUGUUGCUUAUUCAUUUGAACGCUGUUUGCUGCCAAUAAAUACAUUGCUUUCUGCAAUUUCGCGGCUCCACUGCAACGCUGCUGCCACGGUUUGUGCUGCAAGUGAGGAGCACUGGAUCAGGCUGCCGCUGCUGGUGUGUAACGAGACGCGCCUAUGAAGUGAAGCAUGGAGUUUGGCAGUGAUCGUGAGCAAAUAUGAACGUCGACCACUCAUCCAUAGACACGAGUUAUUAAAUUAAAGCAAAGGGAAACCGAAUUGAAGAUAUCAUAUAUUUAGUGGUUGGCCAGUGAAGCAGACACACACACACACAGCAAUUGUGAGAACACACAACGACAUCAUCUAACAGAGGUUAUGUGCCGCAAAGUGGAGCGACACAGCAGCGCAACGCGACCGUUGGCCAUCGCGAGCGCUACAGCAACAGCAACGGCUACAACAACGAUUAUGACGCUGUCGAAAAGGCGAAAAUCUCACAAGAGCACAAAUUCUACGCUGCCAACCGCCAGCAUGUGCACGAGGAAGACCACAAGUUGGCCGCUUUGCGCAGCCGCCGCGAUGCAACACAGCUUCGACUCGCUGCGAUGGCUGGGCGUGCUGGCGCUGCUGCUGCUGGCCACACGUAAUAUCGAAUGUCGGCAAGAGGAGUACGCGCGUCCAUCAAUUUCACAAAUAUCACCAAAAUCCAGCAGUCCCAUGGUGUCUGAGGCGCCCAUUCUUUUGCACACCUCCUCGAAAUUAGUGCUCGAGAGCACGAUUGUUGAGACAAACAAUAUAGCUGAGAGUUUACUGACGACUGAUGGCGGCCUCGAUCAUGACGAUAAUGAAACACGCCAGCACAUACGCAUGGAACGCUCCGCUCAGCCAAUAUUGAAUGAAAACUAUCCCAAAUCUGGGCCUAAUGAUGUGCAUUUCCCGAGUGAUACGGAGAAGGAAGUAGGCGCUGGCCAUUACUUCCAAUACAAUAUUAAACCGACUGGCACACUAAGUGAUGACACCUCUGAAGCGCCGGAACGUACGAAGAGCGCACGUGCGGGCAAAACAUUGAAGCCCUCGUUCGGUGGCAUUACGUCGACGUCUACGCCGGCCACCACUUCAGUAACGGAGUCUUUUUUAGCGAAAGGGGACCUGCGACAGCUUACGUCGGGGUCCCCGAUCAAUCCGACGCGCAGUACUGCUACCUCGACGGCGGCCACUGCCACGGCCUUGCCGCAUAAUCCGCGUCAAAACUCGAAUCCGGAUAUACAGGACAUUAUAACGGGUAUUGUUAAGCUCUUAAAUGGCAAUGUUAACGUUCAUGCCAAUACACAAGGACUGCGUCGUCCAUCUGCCAGUCGCAUUAAUAAUCGUGGACCACCGCGUAUAUCUGAUGUGCAAACAUUGCCGAUAGAUUAUGAUACGCAGAAGAAACCAUUGGGAUCAUCUAUUCGUCCACCGCCAUAUACGGGACCAUUCGAUCGGCCGGAACGGCCAUUUAUUACAGGUGUACCAAUUCCUGAGCAAAUUGUGCCCUUGCGACCAGGAUUUAUUAGUCAAAGACCGCCAUGGCAUCGACAGAAACCAAGACCUCCAAUCACUACUGCUAUUGGUGGUAGACGUCCAAUACCACAAUAUAAACCAAUGCCGAAUUCACAGUUAUCGCCUCCUGCCGCUGAAGAAUCAGCCAUCCCUGCCAAAGACACGCCGGAGAUGACGUCAUCUCAACAUUCAGGGGAAAUUUCCGUGCCUCCAGACUAUAACGAUGCAAAUGGCGAUGCGCCUAAACCGACUGACGCAACCUAUGAUUCAGAGUUCUCUAAUGAAGACACGAAUUCUCAAUACAUUGAGGUAUCCGAUCAAGACUCUAAUGAAACUGCUGAUCAAGAUCCUAUGGCGGCUGAGAAAGACGAAUUAGAAGAGGAUGAGGUAGCGCCAAUGCAGGCGUUACCGCCACCCACAAAGAAGGAUGAGCAAAAUAAUAAGAAGAAACCUACUAAACAUAAGGGUCCUGACAAGAAGAAACACACAAAAGAAAAUUAUGGAGCAAUAAUCGAAAGCACCUCUGUUGUACACGAUGAGAUGCAAAUGUCUUCUACAUACGCACCGAUGCCGAUGGAGAUCGGUGGAGAUGCUAUUAUUGACCCAUCGACAGAAGAGGUUAUUUUCAUGACACCUAGUAAGACGCCCGCCCUGGAAAUCAGUUCUAAAAUGGAUGACACAAGUUCUCCUACUGAAAUAGCAACGCAAAGCUCCAUCUUUACUACAGCAUUACCGAAUAUAUCUCAGAGCCCGAUUAUGCUGAGCCCAUCGAGCACCACUGAACUGUUGGCGACCAUUCCACCUGCUUCAACUAAUACCACACCCAAACCACUUCCCACAACUACUACUACUAGACUACCACCACCACCACCACUAUCAACUACCACAUCUAUUAAUACCAUCACUUCCACCUCUGUCGCACCGCCCGCGACGCCCUCUGUUAACACCCACCCAACGCCAUUGCCUCAACCUCCACCUGACUAUCAACCACGACCAGGUAUAGUUCUUGAUGAUCCCGAAUUCAAACCGGGUGGACGACCACGUCCGCCACGACCACAUCCACCCCGUCCAGCUGAUGUCCCACAACAACCACCAUUUAAUAUUCAACCCACACGACAGCAUUUGCCUCCUGGCUAUGGGGAAAUAUUUGAUGUAACUCUAUCAGCCAUACAAGGUCCUGGGUCGGUAGGCGGUUCGCAACAGACGAUAAAUAUCAAACCAUAUGGAUCAUACGGCAACAGUGGGGGUCAACAAGGCGAUAUAAUACUAUCUGCCGCAGGUGAUGAUGGUUUUGUUUCUAUUGAUGGUAAGCGCACUUACAUCAAUCUCUUUGGUGAUCCUACAGAUCCGCCCGUUGGAGUACCCACUACACCCGCGACGGCAAUACCCCAACUACCUGGAAGCGGUGCCACGGUAGGCAGCGGUAAUGGUAGUGGUAAUGGUGUAGAUAGCAGUGGAAAUGGUGGAUCCGGUGGCGGUAAUGCAGUUACUCAGAACAACAUACCCAGUCUAGGUUCAGGAUAUGGUAUACCAGAAACUGAGGUUGUAGAUUUGGAGCCGACCAAGUCCAAUAGUGUAAAGCCACAAUCGUCUACUACUAAUUCUGGACCAACGAGACCUCAUUAUCGUUCCCGACCAACACAGCCGCCUGUGCGUAUCGACACUUGCAUUGUGGGCGACGAUUCGACUUGCGAUCAAGCGCAACACGAACGUUGCAAGACCGAGAACGGUGUUUCCAGCUGCCACUGUCGACCCGGUUACUCCCGACGCAAGCAUCGCGAACCAUGCAGGAAGGUCAUAUCUUUCUAUCUGGGCAUGCGUGUGGACCGUAUUUACGAGCAUCGUAUUGUGUGGGACAACAAGCUUUUGGACAAACACAGCGAACCCUAUGGACAACUAAGCUACGAGUCGAUUAGAGCAAUUGACUCAGCCAUGUCAAUGACGCCCUACUCGGAUGAGUUCAUGGAUGCACGAGUUAACAAUAUUUACCGUGGUGAUCCGAAUCUGGGUGGUAGCGGUGUGUUCGUCAACAUGACCAUCAAACUUGAUGAAAGUGUUGAAACUUUGCGCCCAAAUCUUCGCGCUGAUGUCCAAAAACAUUUGUUGGGCGUACUCCACCGACGAAACAAUAAUAUUGGUAACUCUGUACUGUACGUUUCUUCACCGGAGGGCUCUAUAACGGCCUUACACGACCUGGACGAAUGUCAGUCACGCGAGUUAAAUGAUUGCCAUGCAAGUGCGUCAUGUUCCAAUUCGUGGGGAAGCUUCCGUUGUGCCUGUGAGGCAGGUCUCCGUGAUCCAUGGGCCGAUCAACCACAGCGCGCUGGUCGCGACUGUCAAUCUUGUCCGGACUCAUACUGCAAUAAUCGUGGCACCUGCAGUUACAAUGAGGAAGGAAAUCAAGUUUGUGCUUGCGACUCCAGCCAUUAUGGCGGACAAUGUGAGAUCGACGGUGAAGUUUUGGGCGUAGCUAUUGGCGCUUCCUUGGCCGCGGUAAUUAUUAUAGUGUUGACAUUGGUUUGCCUGAUAAUGUGGUCGCGUCGUUGGCAACGAGAGCAGAAGAACGCUAUUGGUUCGCCGGUAUUUGGUUAUAUGAAUACGGCGCCAAUGAAAUCAGCUGGUCUGCCGGGACAACCGGGCUACCAAGUAACGUUGGAGGAUCGUAUGCGUUGGGCACAAAUCGCUGAUGUAAUGGCACAGACGAACCAUUACGGGGUAAGUCCGAUUGCGGAACCGGUCGGACCCACACGCCCAUCGUCGGCAAUGUUCGCUUAUCCGAAUCUGCAAUCUAUGGGUAUGGGCACCAUGGGCGGCAUGUCAAUGCAGGGCACCAUGCAGAUGCACCAGGCGGGCAGCAUGGCACCGCCAGUUCCACUGCCACGGUAUGAGUGCGUAUACCCCUCAGACAAUUCCUCCAAUACAAAUAAAAAAAGAUUGGGGUUGAGUUCCCGCUCGAAUGGCAUGCGCACCUUGGAGAAUUCCAGCUCAAGUGAGGAAGAGGAUCGUGCUGAUCUGCUCGGGCGUAAUUUUCAAGUACCACGACCAAAGAGUAGAAGUAAUGGAAGCAUAGCGAAUCAGUCGGGCAUCUACUACGACGUCGACUAUGAGCCAUCGGGCAAUGGCAUCGGCAAUACGAGUGUGGAUCAUUUGUAUGGUUCGCAAAAUCAGUCAUCCUCCCACUCACACACGCACUCACACUCACACAGUGGCAAUAAUCACAUACCGGGACCACAGGGCAUACCAAUGAGCACCUACACAUCCGGACGGGCCCCGAGUAGUUACUACAUGAAAUAAUACCGUUAACGCAUAAAUACGUAGUAGUCUGUCUGCUGAGCGCCUCAUGCGGGUGUUGAAUUUCAAAUUUUCGAAAUUCGGGAGGGUCAAUUCAAUUCUUGUAUUUGCCUUAAGAGCUAGUCGUUAAGUGAAUAUGUAGUUGUAAAUAAAAAUUAACGAAAUAACACGAUACUAUUAAUUUAUUUAAAUAAAAAAAAAAAACCAUAGAACAUUAAGUAAAAUUAACUGUUAUUUAAGCACCCAUUCUUUAGUUAAGCUAAGUCUAUUUAUCGCUCCUUUACUAACUUCGGCUGAAGGAAGAACGCACAUGUCUAUGUUUAAGUAUUGUAACGCAGUAAUUUGAAGAAUGCAAUUUAUUUUAAUAACUUCAACAAGUUUGUUUAUAAAAUACCAACAAAGUUGUUGUAAAUAUAAGUAAAUGUAAAAAAUCAGUGUACAUACGUAUAUAUUCUAAACAUAUGUAAUAAAUUUAAUAGAGACCAAAAACACUCUGUAUUAACCUCAAUUUGGAUCUCCUCUAUAUCACGAGACCAGCGAUUCAGUUGUAAACAAAAUUAAAAAAACCACAACACCAACACCGUUUAAUGCAAUGUCUUACCAAAUUUAUUGAAUUCAUUUUCAUAGACAAAGAGUAAUACAAUACUUUCUGUGAGUAAUCAAGCCAUGUAAAGUUUAAAUAUUAUUUUUUAGUUUUUAGUUUUUUGGGGUUAAUGUGGUGUGUAAAAUAUGCUACUUGCCAAUAUUUAAUUAAAUCAAAUACUUCGCGUAACCAACACAAUAAAAUAAAUUAAUUAGUAAUAAAAUUAAGAAUAUCAAGGGAAAGCAACCAUUUGAGUUGAAUAAGCCUUCAG